AUAAUAAAAAGGAGAAUAAGGGAAAAGUCCUAUCAAAUGAACCGAUACCCAAAUUAGUUAAUUUUAUGCUUCCUGAACCAAGGGAUACCAAAAAUGAUAGCGCCUAUGAAUAUAUGGACAAUCCAGAUUUUAUCAACGUACUUCUAUCAUCAUUAUUUCAAGAAUAA